UUUAAUUAUGAGAGACAGUAAGAAAGGAUGAAUCAGUAAGCCUAAAAAUAACCAAAAAUCAAGUAAAGCAAACUGAAGAGUGGGUCCCGGUCGAUAUACUCUCCCAGAAAAUGACUUAAUCAAGCACUGCAAUCCAAAAUGGACGAUUAGAACUCGGAAAAAUAAUGAUGACAAAAUGGAAGCAUAUUAUCCUGGGCCUACCAACUACAACACUCUCACACAAUCGAAAGCUCCUUUAUUAACAAUGGGCUCAAAGUACAGAAUUCCUUCUGGGAAAAGCAAUAUGUUUGACAUCAGUCCAGCAACCUAUAACACUCAGAGUCAUUUUUACGAUAGCAAAGGAGUCAGCUUUACAAGAAGUAAGCAGAGGCCUGAUCUCAGAGCAGACUGAUUCAAGACUCCAGGACCAACAAACUACUCCUCAGUUUCAAUCCACAAAAAUUUAAAAGGAGGUUCAUUCACAAGAACUAGAAAAUUUGUAGGAAACCAAUCCAUGGAAAACUGUCCUGGCCCAGGCUCUUAUGACUCAAAAUCCUGAUUCCAACCUAAAUCCAAAACUAAAGCAUCUAAAACAGUUAGAGGGAGAUAUUCUGGUAAGUCAGAUUAUCGAACUCCUGGACCAGGACGAUAUUCCUUAGCCUCAAGUACGUUAAGACUCGAUAAGAACUUUACCAUGAAAAAGAAAUAUGAUAGCAAAUUCAAUCAGACUCUUCCUGGGCCAGCAGACUACAAUAAUUUAUCCCAGAAAUCAAUUUGUGGAGGAACUAUAGGCAGAACAAAAAAGAAAUGGAGAGAAUUGAAAAAUAUGGAGCCUUCUCCCGAUAGCUACAGUCCUGAUUACAACUCUGUUAAAAAGAGAAAGCCUCAUUUUGCAUUCCCUUCAUCAGGAAGAAAAGCAAUUCGCCUUGAAGAAUAUCCAGGCCCAGCAGAGCCUUCUGUAAAAGAAAGCAUGAGUGUUAAAGGUACUAGAACUCUUCUCAGUAAAGGAACAAGUAAUAUGAUAUCUAAAACUAACAAGUCAACUCUAAACAUCGUAGAAGGGCCUGGCCCUAACAAAUACAAUGCUUCUGAAAAAUGAAUUUUGCCAGGGAAACCCUCAUUUACCAUAAUGAAAGCUUCAAAACAUUCCUACUCAAAAGAGACUAUUCCAGGACCUGGUUCAUACAGCACUCCUCAAGAAGCAAAAGUCCAAAACAUAAUAUUCACAAAGGAGGACAGACAUGUGACCAAGCUAAAGUUACAAGAGACUCCUGGCCCUGGAAGCUAUAACUUGGCUCCUUCCGUUCCAGCAUACAAGAAGGUUAAACACUCUAAGGUCCUUAAGAGGCUCAGAAAGUUGUUUCAGUCACAAAUGAGGAAAAGGAAGAAAGACAUUAGCUUUCACAAGGUCUAAAGUAACCCUAAUAUGCAGUCGAUCUCAAAAAUUUAAGUCUCAGAUUUCA